ACGAGAAAGUAUCCUUGCAUAACAGCUAUGGGCAAACAGUUUCCCAUAACAGGGGUAUAUUUGAUAUUAGAGGGAAAAGUAAGGGUAAAAAAGUAAUAGGGGGGAAAACAGAAACUAACUAAAGAAAGAGGGAAGAUAUAAGGAGAUAUAAAAAGGAAAUUGUGACAGCCAAAACAGAAGGAGAGAUAAAAAGGAAAUUGUGACAGCCAAAACAGAGGGAAAGAAAAAAGGUGAAAUAUAGCCGUUUGGAAGAUGGAAGAAGAUGAAGCUGGAGCUGGAGCAAGUGUUGAUGGAAAGAUGAUCUCCAUUGAGCAAGAGGAUGUUGAUUUAGUUGAAAUAAAUGGAGACAUGUAUGUGGGAGAUGUUCUUGUGGAAGGCAUAGAUGAAGUGCAAGGCAACGAGAUUGUUGCUUUAACUCCUACUGGGAAGGUGAGUGGGUGCAAAAUAGGGGCAAAUGAGGUUGUGCCUGCACCGUUUGUGGGCAUGGUAUUCCCUAACUUGGAAGCGGUGGAUAGUUUUUAUAAAAAAUAUGGGAAGCAGGAAGGAUUUGGGGUUGUGCGUUCGGGUGGGGCAUAUAGAAGAAAAGCAGGUUGUGAAGAAAGGAAGAGGCGUAAUACAACAUGGACUUGUGAAUGUUAUGGUAGGCCGGAUAGGAGGAAACGGGUAAACGGGGUAGGGUGGUGACAGAUUCUGUGAUUGAUGAUGAUUUAGCUACGAAGAAGUCAAAGAAAUGUGAUUGUACUGCCAUGAUGUAUGCUACUUGUAAUGAAGAAGGGGAGUGGGAAGUUAAGAAAGUUAUGAAUGAACAUAAAAACCACGAGCCAACGCCGUCAAAGUCUCGAUACAUUAGUAUGUAUAGGAAAGAGGAGUUGUAUAAUCAUGUUAGAAGGAAACUUUUUAACGAUUAUAACUCGGGGUUGAAGAUACCACAAAUUCACGGAUGCCUUGCUAGGGAGAGGAACGGGGUAGAGGAUUGGGUAGUAACUGAACGCGAUUUGCGCAAUGAAGUGAGUAAGGUGAAACGGUUGAAACUUAAAGAAGGUGAUGCGAAUGCUAUGCUAAAGUAUUUCAACAAAAUGAGUUCUGACAAUCAAAAUUUUUUUAGUAUGCAUAGAUUGGAUGACGAUAUGACAUUAAAAUA